AAUAGUUCGCUAAUAAGUUUAAUUCUUGAACUCAACCAAGUCCACGACAAUUAGCAUCGCAUGGGGGGAGAGGUCCUGCAGUUUUUAUACCUUUGAUGCAGUUCUUGGCGUCUCACCGAAUUCUAAGGACCCAUGGCUUUCUCCAGAAAUUGUGUUCCUUACAACAUGGAUCUUCAGUUUCUGCCUCCAUCGCAUUUUUCUCCUCAACUCAUUUUGAUUCCAUCUCUUCGCCGCACCAUGAUUUUUCUUCUUCUUCGUUGCAGUCUCCUGUGCAAAAGACUUGUUCAUUAGUUCUCGAGGCUUAUUUACGUCAACCCCAUCUGAGAUUCUCUCCAUCUAAGCUGAAUCUUGAUAUGGAUGCUGACUCCCUGACUCAUGAGCAAGCCAUUUCUGCCGUUGCUUCGCUUGCUAGCGAGGAGGGUUCAAUGGUCGCGCUGAGUUUCUUUUACUGGGCAAUUGGGUUUCCCAAAUUCAGGUAUUUCAUGCGGCUUUACAUAGUUUGUACGAUGUCAUUGAUUGGGAAAUGUAAUCUAGAGCGAGCUCAUGAAGUUGUGGAGUGUAUGGUAGGUGUUUUUGCAGAAAUUGGGAAGUUGAAGGAGGCGGUGGAUAUGAUCCUUGACAUGAGAAACCAGGGACUCGUGUUGACCACCAGAGUAAUGAAUCGUAUUAUCUUGGUGGCUGCUGGAAUGGGGCUGGUUGAAUAUGCAGGCAAUGUGUUCGACGAAAUGUCUGCAAGAGGUGUGUAUCCUGAUUCUUGCACUUAUAAGUCUAUAAUUGUUGGUUACUGUAGAAAUGGUGAUGUUUUGGAAGCAGAUAGGUGGAUAUGUGAGAUGAUGGAGAGAGGUUUUGUGGUUGAUAAUGCCACAUUUACUUUGAUUAUUAAAGCAUUUUGUGAAAAAAGUUUAGUAAACAGGGCAGUUUGGUUUUUCCAUAAGGUUACUAAGAUGGGUUUAUCACCAAAUUUGAUAAACUAUUCAUCUAUGAUUAGUGGGUUGUGCAAGAGGGGUAGUGUUAAGCAAGCAUUUGAGUUAUUGGAAGAAAUGGUUAAAAAUGGAUGGAAACCCAAUGUGUAUACACACACAUCAUUAAUUCAUGGCCUUUGCAAGAAGGGAUGGACAGAAAGAGCUUUUAGACUGUUUCUUAAACUUGUUAGAAGUGAUAAUUACAAGCCAAAUGUGCACACUUACACAGCCAUGAUAAGUGGGUACUGCAAAGAGGAUAAGUUGAGUAGAGCUGAAAUGUUGUUUGAAAGGAUGAAAGAACAGGGACUGGUUCCAAACACCAACACUUAUACAACACUUAUUGAUGGGCACUGUAAGGCUGGGAAUUUCAGUAAAGCGUAUGAAUUGAUGGAGUUAAUGUCUAAUGAAGGUUUCUUCCCUAAUAUAUGUACAUACAAUGCAAUUGUUGAUGGUCUCUGCAAAAGAGGGAGAGCUGAAGAGGCUUUCGAGCUGCUAAGUAAAGGAUUUCAAAAUCAAAUUGAAGCUGACGGUGUCACAUACACCAUUCUGAUAUCUGAGCAGUGUAAGCGAGCCGAUAUGAACCAUGCCCUUGUGUUUUUAAAUAAGAUGUUUAAAGUUGGUUUCCAGCCUGACAUUCAUUUAUAUACCACUUUGAUUGCUGCAUUCUGCAGGCAAAGAAUGAUGAAGGAUAGUGAAAAGUUGUUUGAUGAAGUUGUUAAGCUUGGGUUGGCUCCAACAAAGGAAACUUACACAUCCAUGAUAUGUGGCUAUUGUAGGGAGAAAAAUAUUAGCUUAGCAGUCAAGUUUUUCCAGAAGAUGAGUGAUCAAGGUUGUGUACCAGAUAGCAUUAGUUAUGGUGCUUUAAUCAGUGGCCUUUGUAAAGAGUCGAGGCUGGAUGAGGCUCGCCAAUUAUACGAUACCAUGAUAGACAAAGGGCUAUCUCCUUGCGAAGUUACACGGGUGUCAUUGGCUUAUGAGUAUUGCAAAACAGAAGACUGUGCUUCAGCCAUGGUUAUCUUGGAACGGCUGAACAAGAAGCUUUGGAUACGCUCAGUUCAUACACUUAUAAGGAAGCUUUGUUGUGAGAAAAAAGUUGCUUUGGCAGCUCUGUUCUUUCAUAAGUUACUGGAUAAGGAGGUCAAUGUCGACCGUGUGACUUUGGCUGCAUUCAUCACUGCCUGUACUGAGAGCAAUAAGUAUGCUCUUGUUUCGGACUUAUCCGAGAGGAUUUCAAAAGGUAUCGGCUAACCUUUCUUCUAAAUACUGGAAUCAUAAAUGAAUUUGUCGUGGUGAAGAGGAGCAAUGGGGGAUAACGAUCAAAGGUAGAUUUAGUUCUCUUGAUUUGAUUCCUAGCCAGCUGCAUCUCAGGGAUGUCUUCUAAGAUGAUAAAGCUUGGCCUGCACUUCAAGUACACUGCAGCCACAAUAUGGACGAGUUUCUAGCCGGGACACUCACAUAUAUAAAAUAAAAAAUAGUUUUCAGAACAAAUAUGAAGAUCGUGGAUGAGAAGUAUUUUCAAAAUGUUCUCCUAGGUAGCCUCAUGUCUUGGCAGUCCUUUCCAACCGCAAGAAAUGCCACUUCAUGAAAGAUCGGAUUAAAUACUUGGGACGUUGGGUCUCUGCCAAGGGGGUAGAAGAAGAUCAAGAAAAAAUCAAAACCAUGCUGGAAUGACCGAUAUCGAAGAAUGUUUGGGAGCUUAGAGGAUUUUUGGGACUGACGGGAUACUAUUGUCGUUUUGUAGAAAAUUAUGGGGCCAUUGCCACACCCCUCACACGGUUGACAAAGAAAAAUAAUUUCCAUUGGUCAGAGGAAGCCACCAUAGCAUUCGAGACCCUGAAGAAGGCAAUGGUUACACUGUCAGUUUUAGCUCUAUUGGAUUUCCAGCAGCCCUUUAAGAUAGAGACCGAUGCAUCGUGGUUCGGAUUAGGAGUUGUGUUGUCACAAAACAAAAGACCGAUUGCUUAUUUCAGCCAAAAGUUAUUAGAAGUAGCGCGCGAAAAGUCGGUAUAUGAGAGAGAGCUAAUGGCCAUUGUGUUAGCGGUGGAAAAAUGGCGGCAUUAUUUGUUGGGGCACCGUUUUGUGGUGUAUACAGAUCAGAAAGCUUUGAGGCAUAUUUUGGAACAGAGGGAGCUGAUUUCGAGGGUCCAAAAAUGGCUAAUGAAGUUAAUGGGAUUCGACUUCGAGAUCUUUUAUAGAGCUGGAUCGGAAAACAAGGCGGCAGAUGCAUUAUCACGCAUCCCGAUUGAGGCUCAGCUGAACGUGAUUUCAGUUCCGUCCAUAUUAGAUGUCGUGGUGGUUGAAAAUGAGGUUUAAGAAGAUGCAAAGUUAAAGGCAAUCUUUGAAAACAUAUUAGUGGAUCCUGAGUGUGUACUGCGUUAUACAGUUCGACAAGGCAGGCUGUUUUAUAAGGGCAGAUUAGUCCUUCCUAAGACGUCAAGUUUAAUCCCGACCAUCUUACACACCUUCCAUGAUUCAGUCAUCGGGGGGCAUUCGGGGCAAAACUACGCACCUAUAAAAGAAUCGCUGUUGAAUUGUUUUGGGAGGGAAUGAAGAACGAUAUUAAGUUGUACGUGGAACUAUGUCUUGUGUGCCUGCAAAAUAAGAUUCAAGCCUUAUCACCAGCAGGACUGCUACAGCCCCUACCUAUUCCUAAUCGGAUUUGGGAGGAUAAAUCCAUGGAUUUUGUGGAAGGCUUGGCCCGGUCCAAGAGGUUUGACUCUGUAUUAGUGGUAGUGGAUCGCCUAAGUAAGUAUGCUCAUUUCAUCGCCUUGAGCCAUCCGUUCUCGGCCAAAACGAUAGCUGUGGAAUUCAUUAAGGAAGUAGUGCGCCUCCAAGGAUACCUCCGCUCUAUAGUGUCCGAUUGUGACCAACUGUUUUUGAGCCACUUUUGGAAGGAAUUAUUCUGUUUACAGGGCACCCAACUGAAGAGAAGCACGACGUAUCAUCACCAAACGAACGACCAAACGAAAGUAGUUAACAAGUGCUUAGAGCUAUACUUGAGGUGUUUCUGUCAAGAGAAACCGAAAACAUGGAGUGAAAAGCUAACAUGGGCCGAGUAUUGGUAUAACACCAAUUAUCAUCGAUCAAAACUACCCCUUAUACGGUAGUAUAUGGACAACCCCCUCCCCCUAUUAUCUCGUAUGGUCAAGUGGGCACAACACCGAAUGAUUCAGUGGAGUAUCAAUUACAAAACAGGGAUGAAACAUUAGCGGCCUUGAAGAAACAUUUACAACAUGUCUAAGAAUAAAUGAAGAAAUUUGCCGAUGUACACCGGCGUGAUGUGGUGUUUGACAUUGGAGACUGGGUAUAUUUAAAGUUACAGCCCUAUAGACAGCAGUCGGUAGCGAAGAGGCGUUGUGACAAGCUAUCUCCCAGAUAUUUUGGGGCUUAUAUGGUGCUUGGUAGGGUCGGCGAGGUAGCUUACUUGUUGGACCUUUCGGAGACUGCCAAAAUAUAUCCGGUUUUCCACGUUUCGCAACUAAAAAGGGCAGUGGGUGACAAACACCACAUCCAAUCGGAUAUAGCAGCGCUUAAUGAUCAGAUGGAGUUAGUUUUGGAGCCCGACCAGGUGACCCAACUUCGUUGGAAUGAUGCUGAAAGGGAUUGGGAGUAUUUAGUCCACUGGAAAGAUCAACCGAGUCAUGAAGUAACAUGGGAAUCCUAUGUCACGCUUGUAAAACAAUAUCCUGAUUUCCACCUUGAGGACAAGGUGGCUCUUCUCCAUGGGGGUAUUGCUAGGCCUUCAAUCACCAAAGUUUAUCAAAGGAAAAGGAAGAAGGGUAAGAAGGGUAUUUCAGCAUAGAUAAUAUAGUAGUUAGAAUUGCCAGCGGUCCUAAGUGUACGUGGCAGCAGCAGGAGGAGACUAUAUAUUGGGAAGUUUUGGGCUAGGGUUAGGCAUCGAAAUAUUUGGAGUAUUUUGAAUGGACAUGCUUGUUCAUUAGGGAGAGAGUAGCCCUCUUAUAUGGCUGAUACUGUGUUUUGAGAACUUUUGUUAUAUGUUUAUCUAUUCCGGUAUAUAAAUACAUAUUCCA